ACCAUUUAAUAAAAGUAGAAUUUGAUUUAUUUAGUCCGAAUGUUACACCCACUUUGGAAAAACAGCUCCAUGAUAAAUCCACACAUCUUCUGACUCACUGUGAGCAUUGUUACAUGAGAUCUAUUAGUUUAAAAUAAAAAUAAAUUCAUUCCAUCGUUUUGCAAUAUUGUUCCCACUGCUAUGUCGAUCUCAUCAUUCAUUCUUGGGAUGUGGGUGCUGCUGGCAAGGCUGGCAUUUAUUGCCCAUCCCUAAUUGCCUUUGAUACAGUGCUAGGUCUUCACUGAACUACUGCAGUCCGUGUGGUGAAGGUGCUGUUAGGAAGGAAGCGUCAGGAUUUUGAUCCAGUGACAAUGAGGGAUCGGCAAGAUAUGUCCCAGUUAGGAUGUCUAUGACUUGGAGGUGACGAAAUCCACAUGUGCUGGCUACCCCUGCCCUACUGGGUGAUGGAGGUCAUAAACUUGGGACACACCAUUGAAGAAGACUUGGUGAUGAUGCUGGGCAGCACGUUGGUCGCAGAGGAACUACUGAAGAACGGGGCGGAGCCCAAUGUCCAGGAUAAAUGGGGCUUCACUCCGGCACAUGAUGUGGCCCGGAAUGGUUUCCUGGAUACCAUGAUGGUCCUGACGAAAUACAAGGCGGACGUUAACAUCAGAGAUGCCACGGGCUGCCUGCCCAUACACCUGGCUGCCAAAGAGGGCUACUUGGACCUUGUCCAGUACCUGGCUCCAAAGUCAAGCAUCCUGCAAAAGAAUUCCAAUGGGCAAACCCCACUGGACCUCGCAAGGGCCUCCAACAGAACUGGAGUAGUGGCCUGGUUAGAGGAGCAGUUGCAAGCUAUGGAGAUCCAAACCCCACACUGAUUCAGGGCCUGUUAAGAGAUGCUGACAUUGCUUAUAAUUUACUUCGCUCAAUCCAUGGUCUUAGCCAUGCUGUGAAUCCUUCCUUUCCGCCAUAUCGGACUCCUACUUUGCACUGCUAAUUGUGGACCCAUUGUAUAAUGUUCCUUUUUUCGCCCCGAAAUCAUCCCUUUAGGUUUUGACCCACGGUGGCAACUCCUCCAAAAAAUGCUUGCUGGCCAGCAUCAGUUGAGCCAAGGGUGUUUCGCUUGUAUCGCUUUAAGAGCCCUGAGCACUGCACUGUGUCCUCUGCAGGAGAGCUCCAAAGCACAUUACACCUGUGCAGUUCCACUAAUUUACUAUCGCAUAAUACGAGGAAGUCCAAGGGACUUUUGAUGGAAGAGAAGUUUGGUCUACGGAAUACUCAGGAGCCGUCAAUUGGAUGUGGAGGUCUGCACUGAUUGAGGGGGUCUCUGAGGUUGAAUGGAGCUCACUGUUCAGCCUGGGAACACCUCCUGGAAGACAAAUGUCUCUAAAAGAGAAAUCUUCUGGAUUAGGGAGAUGAAGUCCCGGACUUCAUUAUUUUAAGUAAUGUGUGUUUACAAUGAUUUAACAUACUGUAAAAAAAAAAGCAAAGCGAAAUGAGUUGUACUGUACACAUUAAGUGACUUUGUGUUAUUUUCUCCCUUUAUUCUUACAAGGAAACAGCAGUUAAUGUAGCAGCGAAUUUCAGUCAUUGGUGCUUUAUUAAUUCCAUAUAUAUUUAAGCUUAUUUAUAUCUGAAGAUUAACUACCCUUCAUCCUGAAGGCAUAGCUUUAAAUGUCUUUUUUUUCCAAAAUGGGAACACACUUAAUCUCUUUUUAAAAAUGUGAAAUUCUUAGGUUCUCAAUUUGAAUGUUGUUCAACUGCAAGACCACUGGUUUUCAAUUUCCAUGGGAUAAAUAGGCAAAAUUGUGGAAUAUAAUCCACAAAGUACAGGUAAAGGUUCCUGAAUGUCUGGUAAUAACUUUGUUAAAAUCUAUUUUUAUCAUAAAGUAACAACCCUGCUUGUGCUGAAUUAUACAGGUACUGAUUAUAAUGCUCUAUAUGCUGCCAUAAUGACAUUGUCAUAGUAAAUGCUCUACUGAGUGAACAACAGUCCUACCAAUAUUUGUAGGCAGCUGCAAAUUGGUUAUAGAGUAUCCUUUGCAUUGGGAUAUUGAACAAGAUUUUCUUUAACAUUGAGUUAGUACAUAGUGUUCGUGUCACUGGGUGUGGUAGCUGAAUACAAAUAAAUGGAUAAAGUAGCUCAGCCAAUGAAUGCUUCUGUGAAAUUUUGGUAUUUCAACUUCCUUGUCCUUAGAAAACAACACUGAUUAGCAGUUCAAGUAUGUCUAAGAUUGCCAAUUUCCACCUUUACAUCAUUGCCCAACCCUGUCCCUGCCAGCUUUUCCGCUGCUGAAACCCUCAUCCAUAUCUUAUUACCUCUACACCUGAUUAUCCUAAUGCACUCGUAAUUGGCCUCAUACACUCUAACCUCCGUAAAUUUGAGGUUAUCCAAAACAUUGCUGUCCGUGUCCUUGCUCACACCAAGUCUCAUUCACUCAACACCUUGUGUUUAGGAACAUAGUGGCACUGGUAGGUCACUCAGCCCAUCAAGCCUGCUCUGCCAUUCAAUAUGAUCAUGGCUGAUCAUCCACUUCAAAGCCUUUUCCCCACACUAGCCCCAUAUUCCUUUACGUCAUUGGCAUUUAGAAAUCUGUCAAUCUCUGUUUUAAGCAUACUAAAUGAUUGAGCUUCCACAGCCCUCUGAGGUGGAGAAUUCCAAAGACUCUCAACCUUCUGAUUAAAAACAAUUCUCGUCACCUUGGUCCUAAGUGGUUUCUCCCUUAUUUUGUUCUAGACUCCCCGAAAGGAGGAAAGAUCUUACCCGUAUCCCUUUAAGUAUUUUGCAGGUUUCAAUGAGAUCACCACUCAUUCUUCAAAACUUUUUUGCUGACCUACUUUGGCUCCCAGUCAAGCAAUGCCUUGAUUUUAAAAUUUGCAUCCUAAUUUUCAAAUCCAUCCAUGACUUUGUCCCUCCCUACCUUUAAUCUCCUCCUGCCAAAAAUCCUCUGUGACAUUUGCACAGCUCUAAUUCUGGCUUUUUAACCAUCCUUGAUUUUAAUCGCUCCACCAUUGGUGGCCAUGAAUUCAGCUGCCUGGGACCCAAGCUCUGGAAUCUCCUUCCUAACCCUCUCAGCCUUUCUAUUUCUCUUUCUUCUUUUAAGGCCCCUCCUUAAAAUAUGCCUCUUUGGCCAUCUUCCCUAAUAUCUCCUGUGUGGCUCAGUGUCAAGUUUUGUUUCAUUAACUUCAUUUCUUCAAAGUGCCUUGGAACAUUUCAUUAGUUAAAUAAAAGUGAUGAUUAAAUUUCCCUUUGGUAGGCAAAAACAGAAAAUGUUAGAAAUAUUCAGUAGGUCAGGCAACAUCUGUGGAGAUAGAAAUAGAGUUAACAUUUUAGGUUGAUGAUCUUUUGUUAGAAGAGUGGUGCUGCAGAUAUAAGAAGCUUUGUCUAGAUGGUAGAAGUGUGCUACCAGUGAUGGUACUCCAAUAAGAUGUAUGGGAGAAACAAAAGUUAAUUUAACAGUUUAUUUUAAAGUUAUUUAUCCAUUCAGCUCCUACACUCAGAGGGACUUGGCAACUAGCUCCUUGCAGAGUAGGUGUAUUGCCUUUAACUGGGUUUUGGUUCUGAGGGUGCUGAAGAGGUGACCCAGAGGUUUUCAGUCAGGGAUUUCAGUCCCCGCUGAAUCAGAAUCAUAGAAUGGUUACAGCACAGAAGGAGGCCACUAGCCUGUCAUUACGUGAUUGCAACCAGGUUCAGCAAGAAGUAGGCAACGGUCCCUCAGGACUGAGAGAAAAACCAAAAUUAUAAUUUAAGAAAGGGAACAUCAAAAAAUAGAUGUAUAUUUAUUCUUGCUUUUUGUUCCAAAGAUUGAAUUCAAAUUUGCCAUUUUUUCCUUUUCUAGCAGUGAUAUAAUGAUGGACUGUGCAGUUUCUUUGUCCAUCUCUCCUCCCCUGCCCCUAUUCCUGUUUUUCCUCUGCCUUUUCCAAGCUUACCUCAUCCAUGAGAACCACAUCCUUCACCCUCAAUUUCCUCACCAUCCACGGAGCUCCUACUCCAAAUUUCUCUGUGUUGCACCUCCAUCAUUAGUGGGCCAACCUUCAGUCACUCCGACCCUGUCCUUCAGAGCUCCCGUUCUGAUUCUGCACUUCUCUAUCCAUCUUUAAAAGUUCUUCCUUAAAGCCCAUGUCUUUCAGCUAGCCUUUCUUUACGCAUCCUAAUCUCUUCCUUUCUGCUUCAAUGGUCAUUUACAUUGUACGCCCUUUUGGUGAAGUGCAUGGGGAUGUUUUUACAUUAAAAGUGCCGUGUAGACGCACUUUGUUGUUGAUAAAGAGUUUGUCGUUUUUAAACUGUUUGGAGUUUGCCUAGAAUACAAAGGUUUUUUUCACAUUUAAAAAACAUUACGUUGAGAAUGGUCAAAUGAGGUGUGGCACUGGCUGGAAAUUGUGGAAACCUGUCCCAGUUGGACUCCAGGCCUCAUGGAAAGUGGGGAAGAAUAAGGGACAAAACUCAAAACUAAGAUUGGGUUGGCAGGGGGUGGUGGGGAGGGGUGGGGAAUGUUUAAAGACUUUAUAGGUUGCUGGAUUGUAAUUUGGUUGAUGUUGCACAUAAUUAUAAUAUUUAUGACAUUUGUUGUUUGGUGGAUAUUAUACUUUUUUAAAAAUCUGCAAAUAAAUUAUAAAACAUUUUUUUGGAAAAUUCUAA